AUUUGUACUUUACACCGCACACGGAAAACGCACACGAACACCCCGAGCAUCCCUAAAAUCUCCCGCACCCCCGCCACCAUUGCCAUUCUCUUUGCCUCGGAUUAUUUAUAAUUUAUUAUCAAGACUGCAUCGUUCUCCAUCGGAACAGUUGGUUGUGGAGUGGACUGUGAGGUGGUGGUGAAGAAUGGCUUGGCAGGUAGCUGUGCGCAGCGGAUGCCGACAGUCGCAGCGACUGCUGCUGACGGUGCAGGGUCUGCCCCGGACCUCCGUGGCCGUCGUGCAGCGUUCCCUGGCGAGCGAUACGCGUCGGGCUUUUGUGGUGGGCAGUCAGUCGUUUGGCCCCUUGACAGCUUGGUCAGCCCGAAAUAUGUCCACCAGCAGCGCCAUGUUGGCAUCGCAAGGCGGUAAGCAGCGCGAUCCUCUGCAGUCGUUGUCCUCCGCGGGCGCUGAGCAGUCCGGUCGCCAUCUGCACCUGGACGUCCGCGACGGAGUGGCUAUCGUGCGCUUUGAUGCGCCCAAUUCCAAGGUCAACACGCUCAGCCGCGACAUGCAGAAUGAAUUCGAAGAAAUCAUGAACGAAAUCUGGAACCGCAACGACAUUACCAGCGUGGUGCUGAUCUCCGGGAAGCCCGGGACAUUCAUAGCCGGCGCGGAUAUCAAUAUGAUUGAAUCGUGUGGAUCGGCGGAAGCGGUCACCGCGCUGUCCAAAGGCGGCCAGGCCAUGUUCGAGAAGAUGGCCAACAGUCCCAAACCGAUCGUGGCCGCCGUGUACGGAUCCUGCUUGGGCGGGGGACUGGAGACGAUUCUAGCCUGCCAGUACCGCAUCGCGGUGGACGAUAAGAAGACGGGUUUCGGCUUCCCCGAAGUGAUGCUGGGCUUACUGCCCGGUGCAGGCGGCACCCAACGAACUUUGAAUUUGGUGGCGCUGCCCGCCGCCAUGGACAUGAUGCUGACCGGCCGUACGAUCCGCGCCAAGAACGCCAAACGAAUGGGUCUGAUCGAUCUGACCGUGGACCCCCUCGGACCGGGAUUGGCCGACCCGGAGACCAACACUAUCCGCUAUUUGGAGGAUGUUGCCGUUCAGGCCGCCAAGGAUUUGGCCUCUGGCAAGCUCAAACCCAACCGUACACGCCCCUUGGUGGAGCGCAUUCAAAAGUUCAUCUUCAGUCGGGAGUUUGGGCGUAACUUUGUGUUGAAGAAGGCCCGCGAGACCGUCAUGAAGACCACGUCGGGAUUGUAUCCGGCGCCGCUGAAGAUUCUGGAUGUGAUCCGCACUGGAUUGGCUGAGGGAUCAAGCAGCGGUUAUGACGCCGAAGCUAAGGCGUUUGGUGAACUGUCGUCCACCCGGGAAAGCAAAGCCCUGAUUGGUCUGUACCAUGGACAAGUGGCCUGUAAGAAGAACCGAUUCGGCACCCCGCAGCAUCCCAUUAAGACGAUCGGGGUGCUGGGAGCCGGCCUGAUGGGCGCCGGGAUUGCUCACGUCAGCGUGGACAAGGGCUUCAAGGUGAUACUGAAGGAUGCCACCGAUAAGGGGCUGGCGCGCGGCCAGGAACAGAUCGCCAAGGGACUAGCCACCGCCGUUAAGAAGAAGAAAUUCACCAGUUUUGAACGGGAGAAGAUCAUGUCGCAACUGCUGCCGACGCUGAAGUACAACGACUUUGGCGAGUGCGAUAUCGUGAUUGAGGCGGUGUUCGAGGACAUCAACCUGAAGCACAAAGUCCUGCAGGAAGUGGAAGCGGCCACUCCGCCGCACUGCGUCUUCGCCUCCAACACCUCCGCCCUGCCCAUCACCGACAUCGCCAAGGCCAGUAAGCGGCCGGAUAAAGUGGUGGGGAUGCACUACUUCUCCCCGGUGGACAAGAUGCAGCUGCUGGAGAUCAUCACCACCGACAAGACCUCCCAGGAUACCGCCGCGGCGGCAGUGCACGUUGGAUUGAAGCAGGGGAAGAUUGUCAUUACGGUGAAGGAUGGGCCGGGAUUCUACACCACCCGCAUCCUGGCGCCCAUGCAGAUCGAGAUGAUGCGCCUGUUACAGGAAGGCCACGAGCCGAAGAAGCUGGACAAGAUCUUCAAGCAGUUCGGGUUCCCGGUGGGCGCGGCCACCCUGGCGGACGAGGUGGGUCUGGAUGUGGGCUCGCACAUUAUGGACUACCUGGUGGGUGUGUUCGGACAGCGGCUGAGCGGGGCCAACCCCCAAGCGUUGAAGGACGUGGUGGCCGCCGGCUUCCUGGGCCGCAAAUCCGGCAAGGGCAUCUACAUCUACGAGGAGGGCAAGAAGAACCGCGAGGUCAACCCCGAGGCCGAGGCCAUCUUUAAGAAGUACCUCACCAAGCCCGUUGUGGAGAAGUACGUGCACGCUUCCGUCGGUGGUAAGAAUUAUGCAAGAAUGGUAUGUUUUUGUAGUGAGAGCGUGGAGGAUCUGCAGAUGCGUAUGGUGUCGCGGUUUGUCAACGAGGCGGUGUUGUGCUUGGAGGAGGGCAUCCUCAAUUCACCGGUGGAUGGUGAUGUGGCUGCCGUUUUCGGAUUGGGAUUCCCGCCCAUGUGGGGAGGUCCGUUCCGUUUCGUGGACCUGUACGGAGCGGAUGAGCUGGUGGAGAAGAUGGAGCACUUCCAGCAGCUGUACGGCGACCAGUUCCAGCCCUGCCGCACGCUGCAGGAGAUGGCGCGGGAUCCCUCCAAGAAGUUCCACCCUUCGUCGCAGGGCGGAUCGCGCUCCAAGGACAACGGCGCGGAGAAGCAGGACAAAUCCGCUCAACAGCAGCAGCAGAAAGCGGGAAGUGGAUGGUCGGUUUAGGCGCUGCCAGAUGAGAAGGUUGCAUUAGUUAUUAAUUUUGAUUUUGGUUGUUGUUUUUUUCUUCUUGGUGGAAUUAAUUCGUCGCUUGUGGAUUGUGGGAUUUUCCCGGCAUUAUUUAUGGUUGUUAGCUGUUUGGUUUUGGUUUCUUGUGCUGCAUUGCAUUUGGUAAACGCGCGUAGUAUUUUUAACGGAAAAAAAGAUAUUAAAUAAAUAAAUUAUGCAUUAA